AUGGGAGAAAAGGAACCAAUAGCUGUUUUGUAUAGAUUCAAGAGAGCAAGUGAUGGAAAACUAGUUGAAGGUUACCGCCAAUUCUCAGAUGGCAACUGGUCUCAAGUUAAGAAGGACGACCUCACCAAGCUACUUGAAGAAGCUAAGCUAAGGAAUAAUGGCACUCAAGACAAUAGUAUCCUUGUGUUAGCCAAGUCAAAGGUAGACUCUACUCUCUUUGAUGUCUUUGGCUUUGUUGAGGGCAAUGUUCCAGUUCUCAAACUGACUGCAAAGAAUGGUACUAAGACUACUGAGCUCAACUAUGAUAAUAAGCAGAUUUGGUCCGGUAAAGUGAGGAUUGGAACAUCAUCAACCUUAGUGGAGGCUAUAAUAUAUUUUUAUAAGGAGAUUCCAGCAUUAGUUAAUAUUAAGGUAGUCAAAGGGGGUAAAGAAUCCACGGUUUAUAGAUACUAUGAUGGUAGUAAAUGGAAGGAUGAUAAAGAGGAAGAACAUAAGAAGAAGUUGAGUGAGUUGAAGAAUAAACCUCCCAAGACUCCUUCCAUCAUAGCUCCAGCUUCUCAGUCAGCUGGAAACUCUUCUAAUCUCCCAUCUUCAGAUCAAGACACUUUGGAUUUGGAGAAACCGGGUUCAUCGUCAUAUAGAUCCUUUGACGUGAACAUCCAGGGUGUUCCCGCAAAAGUAUAUGUUUCUACAUCUGGCAAUACAGUUAAAAAAGUUACUAAUGGCAACGAAGUUGUGUAG